AACAACGUUGUGAUGUGCCGUUUCAUUUACAUCCUUCUCCUUUGGAACUGGGCGACGCAAGCUAAUGCAGCUUCCAUCGCCGACGUCCCUUCCUUCCGUCCAAGUCGAAUAGUCAACGGGGAAAAAGCCCGAAAUGGCGAGGAGACGUGGCAAAUUUCUUUGCAGUUAUCAACUGGCGGCGUCGGACCAAAUAGACAAAGGACAAUGUCUCAUUUUUGCGGAGGAACAUUGGUUAAUGACAGAUGGGUUGUAACGGCUGCACACUGCGUUUAUAAGAAAAUGUACAUCACGUCCGACAACUUAUUUGUCGUCUUUAAUACAACGAACAUGAAACACCCUGACGUUCCUAAUAUUGGCGUGGAAAAGAUCAUUUCAGCGGAAUACAAUGAGGUGACUAAAGAAAACGAUAUUGCUCUGAUAAAGCUCGAAGCAGCAGUGCCAACGUCGGGCGCCGUUUCACUGCCACCUGCUUCUUAUGAAGCCAAUGGGACCUGCACGGUAAGCGGUUGGGGCUUCCACAAGGUCAAUGCUGGGUCCACACCUAACCAUUUGAUGGCCGCGAAUGUAACGAUUUUGACUAGAGAAGAUUGCCAAGCACGUUUCGGUUCCCAGUAUACAAUCUAUCCUGGAAUGCUUUGUGCUGGUGGUGGAGAGACAGAUGCUUGCCAAGGAGAUUCUGGAGGUCCUCUAGUAUGCACAAAUUCAACAGGUGAAAAUGUCUUGGCGGGAAUAGUGAGUUGGGGAAUCGGAUGCGCAACACCUAAUAUUCCUGGUGUUUACACUAACGUGGUUGAAUACGCUAACUGGAUUCAGCAGAUAAUGAAAAACAAUUAAGACUCUCAGCUCCACAUACCGUCUUCAGAAAUUUCUAGCUGUCUCUUCACCAACAAUUUAUUAGCAAUUUGAUACUUAUUAUUCACAAAUGACUUGAUUUUUUUCUGGAUUGUUUGUCGUUUUGUCCUCUUCGUCUUCACUGUCAGACACGGAACUGGCGCUGGAUAAACAAUCAGAAUCGUUUCCUGCAUCUACAGCUUCUGCUGCUGACGAUUUCUAAAACAAUUUCAUUAAAAUAUAAGUACAAUUUGGCACGCAAUAAAAAGCACUUAUUGGCGAUAUAUAUGAAUAAUUGGUUUAAAACA